UUCACGUAGUUUGUUGCGACGCCACCAGAAAGCGUCACAUUUCUCCUUCCAAUUUCCAAUUUGUAUGUUAUGCUACAAAGGCAAAGUUCCAGACGGUGUGUUAUUGUGUUGGAUUUUAAACCGAGCGCCUAUUCGUCUCUUCACUCACUCAGUACAAGAACGGAAACCGUACGGAACUCACGUCAUUCACGUCGGAAUCCUCGAAUUAGUGUCGCAUUUCGAUUUCGAGCACGUAAUCAAAUAAAUACUCGACCCAUUCAUCGCGUUCUUGUGUACAAUAUUACUCAUCAUUCGGGUUAAUUUCUUCAGAGAAAACGCCUAAAAUUUAAAAGGAAAGCAAACACGAGGAGAAAAAAUGGGUUCAGGUGGAAUGAACUGUGUUAAAUACUUAUUGUUUUGCUUCAAUCUACUCUUUGCGGUAUCGGGGAUCGCUAUUUUAACAGUUGGAGCGAUAAUCCACACCGUUUAUCAUCAUUAUUCGCGUUUUGUCGAUCCAACAUUUGAAUCAGCACCGAUUUUCUUCAUUAUUGUUGGCGUUAUCGUCUUUGUUGUUGCAUUCUUUGGCUGUUGCGGAGCCGUUCGUGAAAACCACUGCAUGGUUAUCACCUUUUCAGUUUUAAUAUUACUAAUAUUUGGUUUGGAAGCGAUUGUUGGAAUUGCUGGUUACAUAAGAAGGAAUGAUGUUGAAUCGAUGUUGGAGAACCGAUUAAAUGAAUCGAUGUAUAAUUAUUUCAAUCAGAGCGGCGUGGAGAAAUCAUGGAACAUUUUACAACAUGAGAUGAAAUGUUGCGGUAUGAAUGGUCCAUCAGAUUGGCGACAAAUCACUCAAAAUAAUACUUUACCACAUACUUGUUGCCCGGAUACAGUUAAUGAUGGAACAUGCACCAUAAAUAGUUUAAACGUUUAUAAAGCUUCUUGUUUGGAAGAGUUGAAAGAUACAAUUGUAACUUAUGGGGCGCUUAUUGGAGGUGUUGGAAUAGGAGUUGCUCUAGUACAGAUUAUUGGUGUUAUUUUCGCAUGUUGCCUCGCCAGGUCAAUUCGAAAAGAAUACGAAACGGUUUAAAAAUAACAUCAUGAAUCGAAAUUAAUUUCAUUUUUGUUUCUAUCUGUUAUGAUUAUCACUUAUGAUAAAUAUUUUCACUAUUAAUUAACCACACCAUUAACAUUAGAACAAAAAGAUCUUUAGAAAUUGCUAGUAUUUUUUAUAUAACAAAUAUACAGAGUUUAUAAUAUUUAAAGAAAAAAUAGAGAGUAGCUAUCUUCGUUUUUGUUAUUAAUUAACACGUUAUUAAUAUUAUUUUUUUAUUGUCAGUGCACUUUUAGCACGAAAUCAGACUGAUGUUCAUUUCUCCUUAUUAUUAUUGUUUUUAAUUCUUAUUAUAUUUUUUCAUUUUCUCACGUUUUGUAUUUUGUAUUGUUUAACUUUA